UAUAAGGUAGUUCUCGUUACAUAUCCGGGAUAUCUAGUCUGAAGCUGAACAGGGCUUGGCAACUAGCUCAAACCAGAGAGGUGACCCUAACGACGAUCUUAACAAUCCAAGCAAAUGAACAUACCAGCAGAGGCAGGCAUCGAGAAACACAGAGUGCCGUAUAGGCUGUCAAAGGAAUAUAAAUGUUUAGGAACCCUCCCCUCGAAAUGAACUCUUUUCCUUUCACCACCAUCCUCAACAAACAACCGCUUCGAGAACCUUCAUCGACCUUCACUAGCUUUCCAAUCCACACAUAAUCCUGAAUUUUUUCUUAGCACAUCAUCAAGAUGCUUUUUUCCAAGAUUUUCGCUGCCGGUGCCCUAAUGGCUACCACCGCUAUUGCCGCUCUCUCCCCCGCCCAAAUUGCCGACGGCCUUAAGCGGGUUACCGACCUGUCCCAGCAGCUUCAAGCUCCUGCUCAAAGCAUCACCAUCGUCAACGCCCCACUAAUUGUCAUCGGACAGGGCCCAUUCCCCCAGAUCAUCCGUGGCUUGACUGAGAUCGUCACCACCGCCAGCGUCACCAUCGCCCAGCUGGAUGGUACCAGCCCGAUCACUGCUGAGGCGGAUGCUACCCUCAUCUUCAACGCUUUCCGCGCCUUUGUUCGCGUACACCAAGCUCUCCUGAACAUCCUGAUCGGAAAAGCAGGUAUCAUCACCUCAGUUCCUGUCGUUGGGCAGCCCAUUGCCGCUGUCCUCCGCCAAGUUGAGGGAGUUGUUGACACCAUUGCUAUUGGCCUGAUUAAUCUUGUUGAGUCCCGCUCCCAGGACCUCACCAGCGAGGCCAACAGCCUCGGCAACACCCUUGAUCUCGCUAUUCAAAAGUACGAGGGACUUCAACUCAACAUCUAAGGUGCUUUUUGCGAACGCGGCACCAUUGAGGUCCAAAAAGACCAUGUCCCUGUGGUCGAUCGGCGAGUAAGAUAAUGUUCAAUUCUGGGAGGCGAAAGGAGCUGGUUAAAGAGUUAUGAAAGCGGUGAUGACAAGUGUGAUACAUGAUAAGGGGUGAUAUUGAUCUUAAUAUAUAAUCGAGUAG